GAAACAUUAGUGAACGCACUCACAUUGAAAGUUAAUCUGUAGAAACCACCCUUUCUUUCCAACACGGUUUCUUAAAGAAAUCAUGAAUUUUGCAUCCAUUUUUCACCGCCCAAGUUUAUACUUUCGCCCAAUACAAUUGCGUGGGUAUGCACAAACUGCUACUGCAGUCUCUAAACGAAUUAUACAAGAUUCACCAGAAGCAUCACAUGCAAGACGCCAUUUGCACCCAAGGACGGGUGUGAUUUUACUUAAGAAAGGAAUGACUAGUGCAUGGGACAAUGAAACGGGAAAGUGGAUCCCUUUGACAAUUUUACAAUUUGAUCGAGUCCAAGCUAUAGGAAAUCGCACAAAGGAAAAGAAUGGUUAUUAUGCUGUUCAAAUGGGCGCUGGUAUAAGAAAGCCUCACGCUCUUUCAAAAGCUGACCAGGGACAAUUCUUCGCUAGUGGUGUUUUUCCCAAGAUGCACAUCAAAGAAUUUCAAGUUCGUGAUGAAUCAGGACUGAUUCCUUCUGGCACCGUAAUUAACGCGGAUUAUUUUCAACCAAAACAACAUGUUGACAUUAAGGGAGUUACAAAAGGUAAAGGGUUUGCUGGUGUCAUGAAACGAUGGGGAUUUGCAGGAGGAAACGCUUCUCACGGUGCUUCCUUGUCUCAUCGUACUCCCGGCUCAACAGGCCAAAACACCACUCCUGGACGUGUUCUUCCAGGCCGUAAAAUGGCAGGUCGUAUGGGUCAUAAAAGCUCAACAAUCGAACAUGCUUUGAUCUGGGAUGUAGAUCUUGAUCUCAAUUGCAUUCUAGUUAGAGGUGCUGUUCCUGGACCUAACAAGAGUCCUGUCUAUGUUUACGAUACGCGCAAAAAUUAAACUGUUGUUUCUCAAAAAGUGAUAUUUAUCUUCGUAUUUUGUUAAUAUUUUUGUCCUUCAAAAUCCAUCGGAAACAACUCUAACUUUGAAUGUCGGUCUAAUUUUUCAUUCUUUCUCUUAUCCCCUAGCUCAUUUUCCAGAUACCGCCUUUCUAAUUUCAAUAAUCUUUUCUUUUUGUUCCUGAGGUAAUAC